AUGGCGUUGUUCCCCGCUCCCCGCCGCCUCGUCACCGGCCACGACGAGAAGGGCAAGGCCGUCUACCUCAAGGACCACACCAUCGAGCCCGAGGCGACCAACAUGGACGCCUCCUUCGCCGUGCUCUGGGAGACGCACGAGUUCCCCGCCAACAACAACGGCUUCAAGGAUCCCAUCGAGACGAAGACGGAGAGCCUGUCUAACAAGGACGGCGUCGUGCUGCGUGUCGUCGAUAUCCCUGCGAAUACCGUUACGCCUUUCCACCGGACAGUCUCUCUAGACUUCGGAAUCGUGUUGGAGGGCGAAGUCGAAUGCUACCUCGAUGACGGCGUGACUAAGCGCAUGAAGCGUGGAGACGUGUGCGUCCAGCGCGGGACGAUACAUGGGUGGAAGAAUCCUACGGACCAGCCGGCGAGGAUCUACUUCGUUCUCAUCGCUGCGGAACCGGUGGAGAUAGACGGCAAGCCGUUCGAGAAGACUGGAUUCUCGGACAAGGAGGUCACGACGGGCGGAAAGUGA